GCUAAAGAGGAAAGGUGGGCAAGAUGGCGCUGUCCAUGCCGCCAUGCUGAGGUUUCUGCUGCGCUGGGCUUAGAUGUGAUCAUUUAGGAAGAGGUCGGAGGGAGAGGGGCAGACGUAGUUCUUCUGCUCAGGGUGGUGUUGAGGAGGCUUAAUGGGAUCGGCCUUUUAGCAUCUCAGAAGUAAAUACGGAGCAUCCCCCGAAGUCCCUGCUGCAAUCCUUAAUGCUUCAGAGAGGGAUGGGGGUGGUCGCUAGAAGUGUGGGGCUUUUCUUGGGGGUCUCCCUUGGUGCCCUAUAGCGGGUUGUUGCUGAGUUCUACAAACAACGCAUUGAGUGCCCUGUGGGUGACAUCGAUAGAGCCUAAGGGAGGGCUGUUGAUCCUCUGAAAAAGAUAUUGUGGUCUCCUUUUAAGAUGUCCCUUGUGUGUCAGAGGGGGCUCUUUCCAGGCUUCCCCAAAAGGUUGCCAGGUGCCCUCUUGAGGGUUACUUUAACCCCACAGAGAGGUUUCCUUGGGGAUCUCAAUGGGACAUUCCUAAGCCUUCCUAAGGGGAUCCCACCUAAAGGGCUUGUCAGAAGCCUGGCCAAAGCGGCUGGACCGAAAACCAUCAGGGACCUCAAAGAAGCUGACGACGCUGCCCCGAUUUUCCAAUAUGUGGGGGGACAAGCCAGGAGGAAAAAUCGAGUGUUCGUCUGGGGUUUCUGCUACUCGGGAGCAUUGGGCAUCCCUAGUUUUGUCGUGCCUGAUGCAGGGUGGAAGACUCGGAGGCGAAUCCAGACCACUCCAUAUCGGCUGGACCUGGAAGAGAAGAUUUCCUCUGCUGCCUGUGGCUAUGGAUUCACGCUGCUUUCCUCCAGGACCACUGACAUUACCAAAGUCUGGGGGAUGGGACUGAACAAGGACUCUCAGAUUGGAUUUCAUCAGAGCAGGAAGGAUCGGUCACGUGGUUAUGAUUAUGUCCUGGAGCCAAGCCCGAUUCCAUUGCCUCUGGACAAACCCCAGGAGACCCGUGUUUUGCAGGUGUCAUGUGGUAGAGCACACUCCUUGAUUCUGACCAAUACCGAAGGAGUCUUCAGCAUGGGUAACAAUGUCUACGGGCAGUGCGGCCGAAAGGUGAUCGAGGGGGAAAUUUACAGCGAAAGCCAGCUGAUUCACAGACUGAAGGGAUUUGAGGAUCGGGUUGUCCAGGUUGCGUGCGGGCAAGACCACAGUCUCUUUCGGACUGAGAAAGGAGACGUCUAUUCCUGUGGCUGGGGAGCAGAUGGCCAAACAGGUCUCGGCCAUUACAACUGUGUCAGCACCCCCACAAAACUGAGUGGCGACAUGGCUGGGGUCCCUAUUGUCCAACUUUCUACUUAUGGAGACUGCUGCCUUGCUGUGUCAGCGGAUGGAGACCUUUUUGGCUGGGGGAACUCAGAAUACCUGCAGCUGGCUUCCAUUACGGACCUGCCACAGAUGAACGUGCCGAGACAUCUGCCUUUCAAAGUGGGAAAGGUGAAGGAAGCUGCUUGCGGGGGAACGGUCAACGCUCUCUUAAAUGAGGAAGGCCAUGUCUACGUGUGGGGCUAUGGGAUCCUCGGGAAAGGCCCCAAACUGAUGGAGACGGAGAUUCCUGAAAUCAUCCCACCCUCCCUCUUCGGCUUCUCAGACCUCAGCCCAGACAUUCGCGUGGUUCGGAUCCGUUGUGGACUCAACCAGUUUGCUGCUAUCACCAAUCGAGGAGAGCUCUUCGCCUGGGGGAAGAACACCCGGGGCUGCUUGGGGAUUGGCCGGAUGGAGGACCAGUACUUCCCAUGGAGGGUGACCGUGCCUGGUGAAGUGGUUGAUGUGGCUUGUGGGGUAGACCACAUGGUUACUCUGGCCAAAUCCUUCAUCUAGCAGUAACUGGACACUGCCACGAAGUACCCAGCCCAUUGGACCUAGAAGGCUAAAAUCUGUUAGCGUUUGCUUCUUCCUGGAUUCCCAGCAUACCCAAGCAUGGAAGACGCACCAUAUCAUCGGGUCCAGGAGGAACAGAGAACCCAUGCUUAGGAGGUGUUGUGAACAUUAGCCGAAGAUAAAGAAACUCUAGCUGGCAAACAGUUUCAGAGAUGUUGCCAAUUACCUUUAAAAAACGAACACACUCGUUGUGGGAGAAACCCGUGGUACGUUCUCCUUCGCAAAAGGUUGCAAAGGCUUUGGACCAGCGUAUUGUUCAAGAGGCAAGUUCAUGCCUGCUUGUUUCGCAAUGGGGGCGUGUUUGAAUCGUGAAACUGAACAGGCUGUACUGUUCUGAAGACACCAAUCGGAGAUAAGUGAACGUGGUUUUGUCUCUUUGGCGGAAAAAAAACCCCAGCUCGUUGUUUGGGGCAGCUCUGCCUUGCUCUCUAUGUACCGCUGAA